UAUAUGAGUAAGCAGUUCUUAAGGUGUUUGUGAUACGGUCUCUUCGUUAUUCAGUUUUCAAACACCACCAUGUUUAUGCUAUUGGUAUUUAUGAGUGCGCUUACUGCGGCGCGCGCUGACUGCGAUGCGUGCAUCCAAGGCAUCUGCCACUCCAAGAAAACCCUGAUCGAGGGGUUCAACAUCAACAAGCAACUCGCUAUCGACCGCACCAAUAACAUACUUUAUGUCGAAAUUCAAGAUCACCACACCAUAGCAUUUUUCCUCGAUGAAGCUAAAAUGCGAAGCGUUGAUGCAAACUAUCCGGGUGGCUUAACAGUAGACCAAGAUACCCGAGAAUUCUACACAAGUCAGACACAAUAUUAUAGUGAAGUAUACGCAUAUAAAUACGAACAAGGCACUUACAAAAAAAAAAUAGUUUUAUAUCUUGAUGGAUAUAAAUCACCUGCCAGACUUCGGUAUGAAGACACUCUGUACAUGAUCAACCAGGAUGGUAGUUGUGCUUACUAUGACAAGACUUCAAAGUCCUUACAUGGUUACAGUAACUUAGAAAACUUCAAAGUCACCGAUUUGGUCAAUGUAAGAAAUGCAACUGUAUGGUUCUUUACUUCUGCUAACAAACUUUACAGGUUUAACUGGGGCAACAACGACAAGAAGUCAUGGACUCUUAUCUCUGACGAAAGACACGUUCUGUCAAUUGGUAAAUACGGUGAUGUGUAUUUUGGAGAUGUUUCCGCAAGAAUUAUAUAUAAAUUAGAUAGAGAAACAAAGGAAAUGGUAAAAUAUGGUGAUUAUAUGAAUUCUUCGUUAGAGGAUUUUGUGUUUGAUAAAGAUGAGAACAUUGUGUUUCUUGACCAUGAUGGAAACGUGGCGUGUUGGGUGUCAACCGGAGAGGCGUGCACAAAACCGCACCUUAACAGCGAUUUGUCACCUGGCAAGAGCUUUCUUGUCGAACUUGUCCGAGGAGGGGAUGAUGCGUACAAUUUUACCUAUAUGCCAAAGAUGACCUUAGAUUCAAAGGAGUUGUAUGAGGUGAUUGAGGUCUAGAGGGAUUACGGGCAAUUAAUUAAACCAGAUAUAGAAUAGGGUAUUUGACUGUAUUUAAAAUAAAUGAUUUUACACCGACCAUGAAAUAAAGCACCAGAAGAUUAAUAGAGAAACGUAGACAGCAGUUACCUCUAGACACAAUUUCUAUUUUUAACCCGUAUAAAACUAUAAAGAGUAGGUAAUUUGAUUGUGACGUCACAUGCUAGUGUUUCAUAUAAAUUCCAUAGUAGCAAAAUCGUUUUGACAGUUCGAAAAAAGAAGCUGAUUUGACUAGUAAGUCAAAUACCCUAUUUAUCCGUCUAAUCAUUAAUUAAGAAGUUUUUUUUAAGUUACACUUAA